AUGUUAAUUCCAGCUUCGUUCUAUCUAUCUAUCUAUCUUGUUCCUUUCCCAUCUCACUGCUCUCUCUCUAUCAUGUUCUGUUCCCAUCUCACUCCUCUUUCUCUCUCCCUUUCUGUCUCUCUCCCUCUCUCUUGUUCAGUUCCAAUCUAUCUAUGUAUCUAUCUUGUUCCAUUCCCAUUUUACUCCUUCUCCCUCCUCUCUCUCUCUCUCUUUCUAUCUAUCUUGUUCCAUUCCCAUCUCACUCCAUCGCCCUCUCUUUAUCUAUCUUGUUCCGUUUCCACCUCACUCCUCUUUCUCUCCCUCUCUGUCUCUCUCUCUCUUGUUCCUUUCCAAUCUAUCUAUCUAUCUAUCUAUCUCAGUCUGUUCGUAUCUAUUUAUCCAUUGUCAUCUCAAUCUCACCUCUCUCUCUCUCUCUCUCUAUCUAUCUAUCUAUCUAGUUCCACACCCACGCCCUCUCUUUCUCUAUCUUGUUCCGUUCCAAUCUUACUCCCCUUCACUCUCUCUCUCUCUCUCUCUCUCUCUCUCUCUCUCUCUCUAUCUAUCUUGUUCCAUUCCCAUCUCACACCCCCGCUCUCUCUUUCUCUAUCUAUCUUGUUCUGUUCCCAUCAAAUAACUUCAUAUUCAUACACUGACAAUGCAGUCUUUCUUUUUCUUUUCUCAUUUGACUUAUUGUGCAAGAAGAAAUAA